CUAUUAAACGCCAUUCAUGUGUUACAUAAUAAUCGUUUACAACAUAUUCGUAGCGCAAUAAUGAUAUCAAUGACGAAUACAAAUUAACCGUAAAUAAUAGCGUCUCAACUAACAUAUCUCGUGUGUAUUUUACGAUGUACACCUCCCGUUACUUUUCUUUUUCUUUUUCUUUUGUCGAAUUUCACGCACGUGAAUUAUAUGACUAUCUAUAUUUAUAGAGAGACGUCCUGACAGAAGAUAGAACGGAAACAAUGAGAUGCAAAAUAUGGCAUACUAGGAUUUUCUUUCUUAUUUUUCUUUUUUUUUUUUUUUUUUUUUUUUCCUUCCUUCCUUCCUUCUUCCUACUUUCUCGUUCAGAUAUCCAAAUGAAACGCAAAAUGACUACGAUAACGCACAAUUGUUCAUGUCAUAACAAUCACUUUGUAACUGAUCUGCGACGUAUAUAAGUAUUCACGAAUCCAUGCUUUAAUUAUGCUAUCACUCUUCGAGACAAAGGGUUAAAUCUGCUUCGCGAUUUUUCAAGCCGCAUUACCUCAUUUUUCGGCACUCUUUUCUUUCACAUCUGAUCUUCGAUCGAUACGUUUGCUCGACCAACAUUAAUCUUAACACAGAUAUACCUCAUUUACCGAAAAAGGGAAAAUUCAAGGCGGUUGUGACGAAAUUUCAUGCAUUUUCCUACACGAUUUCCUAGAAUUUUGUUCAUAAUGUUUGUAAAUCAUUGUAAUUUGUGUGUUGUGUAAUUUAAAUAUAUCACGACAUAUACGUAUUAUAUAUUCGCAAAUAAACGCGUUUGACUGUCCCAAUUAGAAAGAAUAGAUGCACAUAUAUACAUGUACGUAUAUACUUAUAGGUAACAUUCAUCGCAAAUGUUUCACCAAUAGACAAUGAUGUAAAAACUUGUUUUGCAGCAGAGAUACAUAUCGCUACACCCGAUAAACGUCUAUUUCCUACAGUUGUAUAUAUAUACAUACACGCAUACGUACAUACAUAAUUUCACAUUUUCAUUUGCAUCCAUAGAAUUUAUAAUUACGACAUGGCGUUUUUUCUUUUUUUUUUCACAAAUGACUUUCAAACCAUGCGCAAGUCGGAGCAACUUUCUAUUGGAUAGAAAAUAUUUGACGCGAAAUUUCCUCGCGUUGUUAAAUCAAUGUCACUAUAUGUAUAUAAUUGUCUAUAUAAUUGUCAGUGUCUAUAUAAUUGUCAAACUAGCGUUUGGUUGAAAUUUUUAAUGCGUUGAUCCGACUCGAUUCUAACCUAUUCUAUGUCUGCUAUGAAAAUUCAAAGUCAGGUAAAGUACGAUCCCAUUCAAUGUGAACACAUCUUUAUAAAUAAAAUAUAAAGUUACUAGCAGAGAGUGUACAGAGUCUCACGUUUAGAGGCAAGCGUUACAAAUUUCCCCUAGAUGUCUAGUUGAUCGUUUGACGAAAAUUUCGCGGAGGUUUAAUCGAUGUGUGACCUAACCUCAUUAAUGAGGCAAGUGGCGCCAUCUGAGAAACCAGAAGGAAAGAAAGUAGGAAGAAGAGUCCAAAAACAUGGAUGUGGACACAGCGAGUGAUAAUACGUCCAUCGAUGACAAAAUCGACGACUUUUGUGAAAAUCCAACAAGAGAUGCUCUGACAGAAGGUCUUAUGAGCCUUUUGAAACCGACGGUGGAUCAAUUGGACGAGAGAAUUCGCGCCACGAGAAUAUGUCAGAUAGAGUUGAAACAACGGAUUGAGUCGUUGACAGAGGAGUUGCAGAGGAUCAACGAAGGGUUGCAGUGCCCGUUGGAAACGGACUCGUACGUGAAAAAGCUGAUCAACGCCAAGCACAAAAUCACCAUUGUCAGUAACAUUUUACAAAGUACGCAAGAACGGUUAAAUAAAAUUCAUCAAGCAGUGGAGAGAAACACGGCGAAGAGGAAAGCUUUGCUGGAUCAUAGCCCUUCGUAUGGUAAUGCUUCUAAUAUUUUAAGUAAGGAAGAACAGGCGGAAAUAGAAAAAGGGAGUAACGUUUCUAAGGAAUACGAAUGAAUGAUGAUAACAAGCGUGAGAUAAUUGUGAUAGCUGGAUCUAAAUUAAU